CACCUCCUGUCCUGUGUCCAAUUAAAUAUCGGUUGCAGAAGACUACACAAGAAAAACUUCGCUGAUGUCGACUGCCAACCGGGAAUAAAUGUUCUGAUGUUAUUUUUUUUUCAUUAACAGCAGAGGCGCAUAAAAUAUAUGAAAACAAAUAACCCACUGAACGCCUCUUGUUUUCUCGGGGCAUUGCCAGAAAACAGAAACGACCUUAAACUUGGUUGACUCCCCGGCUGAGUGGCAAGCGGGCUGGCCAAGAACACGCAGCUCGUCGAUCGACCCGUCGGGUCUUCUGGCCCCAGCUUCCGAGCACAAAGGAGUAAAGAGAAACAGAUAAGUGAAGAUGGUGGUUGGUAGACUUGCGUGAAGUGGCGCAGUUUGCAAGGAGGUUAAUUUGUGUUUUUUAAAUCACCUUUGGGAAUAUUUGCGCAUUUCCCCAGACGUGUUGAAAUUGUGUGAGCUUGCGGUGCGAGUGUGACGCUCGCUGCCGCCCGUCCAACACCGCGACCGAGCCGCUCAGCAGAGAGUUCGGUCCGAACCCGAGCCGAGCCGGGCCGGGUCGCAGAGCGAGGGCCACCGCUGAUGGAGCCGCACUUGCGGAGUGAGCGGGCUCAAUUGCCCAGAAACAUGAUCGAGAACACCAUGUUUGAAGAGGAGCCCAACAUAGUAGACUUGGCCAAGGAUUCAUGCCUUCAUCCUCUGGAACCUGACAAAAUUGAAUAUGAACCGCACAGUUCCCGGUUGAUGGUACGUGGUUUAGAUGAACACGAUCUGGAUGAUGAUGAGGAAGAUUAUGAAUCAUCUGUAAGACUACUGGGCAAGUCGUUCAUGAACAGGAGUUCCAACCACCGCAACAAUGUGUCAGGAAUGUAUAACCAUCACUUGUGCUCACUGCCUAUCGGCCGGACUUUCCUUAUUGGUGUAUUUGUUGUUGUGAUUAUACUUUCUUUAUCGAUGCUGGUCUACUUUCUGCCUAAAUGUACCUUCACAAAAGAAGGCUGCCACAAAUUGAACAUGACUUCAGCCCUCAUAUAUCCUCUGGCAACCAAUGGACAGGUUUUCCCUUGGCCAAAGAUGAGACUGCCUAAAGCUGUUGUACCUGUGCACUAUGAUCUUACUUUGCACCCUAAUCUCACCACCUUGAAAUUCACAGGCUCUGUACACAUAAGCCUUCUAAUCAUGGAAGAUACCAACAACAUUACUCUUCACAGCUCAGGUCUCAAAAUCACCGCGGCAACCAUUACGCCGGAAGGAACCAGCCACCCUAAGAAUGUCCAGGUUUUGGAAUAUCCACUGCAUAAGCAAAUUGCAAUCAAGUUUAGCCCAAUGCUGACAAAAGGAGAAAAAUAUGUACUGAAUCUGAAAUAUUCAGCUAAUCUAUCUGAUAACUUAUCUGGGUUUUUUAAAGGCACUUAUCAAGAUAAAAACAAAACAAGGAUAUUCGCUGCCACUCAGUUCAAACCUUUUUUUGCACGAAGUGCCUUUCCGUGCUUUGAUGAACCAGCGUUUAAGGCCACAUAUGUGAUCAGAAUAAUAAGGGAAGCAGACCACAUCUCCUUAUCCAACAUGCCGAAGGGUAGCACAUCUACAGUUGUGAAUGGACUUUAUCAAGAUACAUUUAUGAAAAGCUUUAAAAUGAGCACUUACUUAGUGGCCUUUGUUGUUGCCGAUUUGAGAAGCACCAACUACAGCACAACAGAUGGAACUCUGGUGUCGGUGUAUGCUGUUCCUGGAAAGACGGAUCAAAUGAAGUAUCCAUUGGAAGUUGCAGUGAAACUUCUCAACUUUUCUGAGAGCUUCUUCAAUAUAUCUUACUCCUUAAAGAAGCUAGAUCUGGUAGCUCUCCCUGUCUUUGAAAAGGAGGCCACGGAAAAUUGGGGGCUGAUCAAUUUUCGAGAAAUGGCACUUCUUUGCAAGGAAGAGACAGCUUCUGUAAGAGACAAACAAACGAUUGCUCGCCUAAUUGCUCAUGAAUUGGCUCAUCAGUGGUUUGGUAACCUAGUGACUCUGGAAUGGUGGAACAACCUUUGGUUAAAAGAAGGAUUUGCCACUUUGAUGGAAAAAAUUUCACUGAAAAAAGUACUCCCUGAACUUCAAAGAAUCGAUCAGUUCCAAUACUUUCACUUAGUGACACUGAUGGAAGAUUCAAUGAAUUCAUCCCACCCCCUCUCCAAUCCAGUUGAAACUUUUGAACAAAUUGAGGAAAUGUUUGAUUUUAUUUCCUAUCAAAAGGGAGCUUUGGUUCUGAUGAUGCUGAAGAAUUUACUGAAUGAAACUAUUUUCCAGCAAGGAAUCAGGCAGUACUUGAAGGAACAUAUGUAUCAGAGCACAAAAAUUGAAGACUUCUGGAACAGUAUGAGUAAAGUUGGAAAUGUAGAUUUGAAUGUGAAAGAACUCAUGGAAACCUGGACACGACAGACAGGAUACCCAGUGGUCACUGUCAAAUUGGAUACCACUGCCAAUAAAAUCCACCUCAGUCAAGCACGUUUCCUCAGGACCUCUCAUUCACUGAGUUCAUCAUCCUCCUAUUACAGUCGCCUGUGGCACAUUCCACUGACGUAUAUAACCAGCAGUUGUGCGGAGUAUAAACAGCCAAAGUGCAUCAAAAAGUGGCUCCUUAAGAAUAAAACUGAUACCAUUGAUCUUAAAGAUCCAAGUGUGACUUGGGUGAAGUUUAACAUAAAUAGAAAUGGUUACUAUAUCGUUGAAUAUGACAAGCGCAACACAGAGGAAUUAAUGGGAUUAUUACGAACUAAUCACAAGGUUUUAAGUGAUUGGGACCGAGCGGACCUCAUCAAUAAUGCCUUUCUGCUUGCAAGUGUAGGGAACUCGUCAAUAAAGACGGUGCUGAAUAUGACCAGCUAUUUGAAGCAGGAAGCCAGCACUAUGCCAAUAUAUGAAUUCCUGCAUUUGUUCUACAGUAUCUACGAGCUUGUGCAAAUCAGAGGAGAUUUCACAAUCUCUAAUCGGAUAAAGGAUUAUAUUUUUGAUAUUUUUGGACACUUGAUUGACCAACAAACCUGGAGCAACAAUGGUUCCACCUCUGAAAGACAAUUACGUUCCCUACUACUUUCUGUAGCAUGCGAUUUGAAUUAUGAUACCUGUGUUCAGAAUGCAAGUGAUCUGUUUGGCAGGUGGAUGAAUUCUUCAGACUUCAGUGUGUUACCAUCGGAUCUAGCCGAGACCAUCUUCAGUGUUGGAGCCCGUACCAAUGAGGGCUGGGCGUUCCUGAACCGGAUAGUUAAUCAUUUGCAAUCAGGGGCCGAUCAGAGGAAAAUACUAAGAGCAAUGGCAAAAACCAAAAACGCUGACCAUCUGAUCUGGUUGAUGUACAACAGCUUGAAUGAUGAUGCCAUAAGGAUACAGGAAUUGCCCUAUAUCCUAGACGUCUCCUGCACAAGCCUAUCCAGAUGUCUUGUAGCUUGGGACUUUGUUAAGAAAAAUUGGGAGGAGCUAAAUAAGAAGUUUGAUCUUGGAUCAUUUCAUUUACAAAUCAUUGUCAUUGGAACAGCAUCUAAAUUCUCAACAAAGACCCACCUGCUUGAGGUCCAAACAUUCUUUGAUUCAGUGAUAGACAAAAGUUCACAACCAGAAUUCAUCCAAAUGGCUCUGGAUAAAAUUCAGAUUAACAUUCAAUGGAUGGAGAGAAACUUCAAAAUACUGGAAAAUCUGUAGAAUUGUUUCUGUUGUUAGUAAGUUGAUUUUCAGUGAAUUUAAUAGACCUAUGUGCAAAGAUCUACAACUGCAAUUUUCUAUAAAUCAAGGUGGAAUCAAUUAUUAUUUGCAGCGUCAGUUUGUACUGAGUUGAUGUCAUCUCCAGGUGAUUUAGGGUUUGUUCAGUCAUUGAAUAUGAAUUGUACUUGGGGGGAGAUUGGAGACAAACCAUGUGACUCUUCGGGAAUGGGUGAAUGUAUUUUACAAAGUAUUCUAACAAGGAAAACAAAAUCUUUGACUUACUGGGUUUAGCCAUUCAGUUUGUGUGGAAAAGUUGAGUAAAUGUGUUCUCCAACAAUUAAAGGCGGAACCUUCAGCUUAGCUAUUUCAGUAUUAUUUUACUAUUUUGCAUUUCGGUAAAGGGUUUUUUUUUAUCCAAUUUGUUUUUGACUUAAUAGGACAUUAUUUUGUGCAUCAUGUUACUGCCCCUCUGCAUAACAAUGACACCUACUGUAGAGUGGAGAGAGACUCCUUUGUAAAGCGUAAUCAUUAUGUAGUGUGUGGUGUACCCUGUGUAUCGCAAUACUGUAUAUAUCAGCUCUGUGAAUCCAUACAUCUUCAGUUCCCCUACCAGGACUACUGAUUUGACAGACAGAAGUCAGUGAUUGUGGUUCCCCCAAAAUGAUUUAUUUUGAAAAGGUAAUUUUGUGAUGCCAUAAGUUAUGAAUUUUACUGAGGUAUCGUCAUAAACUAUUGUCCUUAGCUUUUGUGUGCUUUGUUUUUCAACACCUGCCGUAACUAGUUGCUACUGAAUAUACAUUUUUAUUAACAGAAGCUAUAGAUUAUAUAUGAAGAAAAAAUGGAAAUCUCUGUUUACAAAGCUCUCUCUUUCUAAGAUUCUGUGAUAAUCUGAGUUUUGUAAUCACAUCAAAAUUAUGGAACUGAAUCAGUGCGACAUCUCACUGACAGCAUGAACAGGGGGUAGUUGACAGAUAUGUUUAAUUACAAUUAGUAUUUGUGAAUUGUACCAGACCAAUCAGAAUGUAACAUUAUUCAAAUAGAUAUUCUUGUAAAUGAGUAUCUGUAUUUAACAGAUGGUAAUCCUGUGUCAAAAAAUGAAACGCAGAUUUAAAAAUAACAGGAAGUUGCACCGUGGUGUUGGAAAUGUGAGGCUGAUUUUAGAGUAUUCAACUAUUUCUAAUGUUAAUAUAUUUAACAACCAGGUACUUAAUUCAUUCACUAUAUGAAUUGGGAAGAGCUCAGUAUAUUGACCAGUUAGUCGGGCUAAUUGCAAGCAAUGCCUAGAAUCACGUUCAAUAAAUAAAUGAAACAAAAUUAGAUGAUGUGAUUAAAUGAUUACAAAUAAUUAAUCUACAAAAUUAAACAACUAGCACUAUGAAUUUGUGUUGAUGAUUUUUUUUAAAUUAGGUGAUCACUUUGUCUUUGAAACUAGAAAUAUAGGAAAGGUUUAACCUACAUGUAUGAGUUAAAUGGAAACUGUAGCCACAUAUUUUUUAAAAUGAUGGUAAUCAGCACCUUCCCAAAAUGUUAUUACUGCAUUGAUGGUGCUCAUCUCUCAGGUGGGAAGUGGUACUUCAAAAUUUAUAUUGUACUUUAUCAGAGUUUAAUAUUUUCAAGUUUAAAAGUGCUACAAUUUGGAAGCUCACGAUUUAUUUUUGGAUUAUAAUAUGUGAAUUAUAGAAAUAUAAAUCCUUUAAUUUUCAAAAUAACUAUGCAUUAUAUAGCUACUUAAUCUGUUUGAUGUGUAUUCUUUCAAGCUUGUAUGAUAGCACAAUGCCAACUUGGAAAUACAGUCUAAUGGAAAUUGAAAACCAUGUUUAAAUUGCUAUUUUCUUUUCUCCUGCAAAUCAAAUUAAUAAAUUUUAUUAGUUUUGGA